AUGCUAUCCGCUAGGUGCUUAAAAUCGAUAUAUUUCAAGAGAUCUUUUUCACAAUUGGGCCACAUCAAGCCCCCCAAGCACAUAAAAAAUGAACCUGUUAAGCUAUUUGGAAACACAGACUUAAAAGACUGGGAUUUACUGAGGGCUUCUUUGAUGAAAUUUAAAAGCUCUUCUUUAGAAGUACCACUAGUUAUCAACGGGGAAAGGAUAUACGACAAUAAUGAAAGAGCCCUGUUCCCACAGACUAAUCCUGCAAACCAUCAACAAGUACUGGCAAACGUCACACAGGCUACUGAAAGAGACGUCAUGAAUGCUGUGAAGGCAGCCAAGGAUGCUAAAGAGGAUUGGUACAAGCUACCGUUUUAUGACAGAUCUGCUAUUUUUUUAAAAGCCGCUGACUUGAUCUCUACCAAGUACCGUUAUGAUAUGUUGGCUGCUACAAUGCUAGGACAGGGCAAAAAUGUGUAUCAAGCAGAAAUCGACUGUAUCACAGAGUUAUCUGAUUUUUUUAGAUACUAUGUCAAGUACGCUUCGGAUUUGUACGCUCAACAACCUGUGGAAUCUGCAGAUGGUACUUGGAAUAAAGCUGAAUACAGGCCCUUAGAGGGGUUCGUUUAUGCCGUUUCGCCAUUCAAUUUUACUGCUAUUGCUGCGAACUUAAUCGGUGCACCAGCUUUGAUGGGUAAUACUGUUGUUUGGAAACCUUCGCAAACUGCAGCUCUUUCAAACUAUUUAUUGAUGACUGUUUUGGAAGAAGCAGGAUUACCAAAAGGUGUCAUAAAUUUCAUUCCAGGUGACCCAGUUCAAGUUACCAACCAGGUGCUAGCUGAUAAGGAUUUUGGUGCCCUGCAUUUCACCGGUUCUACCAAUGUCUUUAAGAGUUUGUAUGGUAAAAUACAAAGUGGCGUUGUUGAAGGGAAAUACAGAGAUUAUCCACGUAUUAUCGGUGAGACAGGUGGUAAGAAUUUCCAUCUAGUUCAUCCAAGUGCAAAUAUAUCGCACGCAGUACUCUCCACUAUUAGAGGGACCUUCGAAUUCCAAGGCCAAAAGUGCUCAGCCGCUUCCAGGUUGUAUCUACCAGAGUCAAAAAGUGAAGAAUUCUUAUCCGAUAUGUUUGGCAUCCUGCAAUCACAAAAUGUUGUCCCAAUGAACACAUCAGCAAGUCCAAUAUCAGGUGGUAACUUGAGGGGAUUCAUGGGCCCUGUUAUCCACGAACAAAGUUUCGACAAAUUAGUAAAAGUAAUUGAAGAUGCAAAGAAAGACCCUGAGUUGGAAAUCCUUUACGGUGGUCAAUACGAUAAAAGCCAAGGCUGGUUUAUCGGACCCACAAUCAUAAAAGCCAAGAGACCAGAUCAUCCAUAUAUGUCAACAGAAUUUUUUGGCCCUAUAUUAACUGUUUACGAGUAUCCAGAUCAAGAAUUCAAUAAGAUCUGUGAUGUUAUUGAUAACACAAGUCAAUACGCUUUGACCGGUGCAAUUUUCGCCAAAGACCGUAAAGCAAUUGAAUAUGCGGAUGAAAAGUUGAAGUUUAGCGCUGGAAAUUUCUAUAUCAAUGACAAAUGUACAGGCGCCGUUGUUUCUCAGCAAUGGUUUGGUGGCGCAAGAAUGAGUGGUACCGACGAUAAGGCCGGUGGACCAAACAUUUUAAGCAGAUUUGUCAGUAUUAGAAACACAAAGGAGAACUUCUACGAGUUGACUGAUUUCAAAUAUCCAUCUAAUUAUGAAUAA